AUGGACGGCGCAAGUUAUAACAUGGAUGUGGAUGAUCUCUUUGGAGACUCAGAGCAUGUCAACAUCCAGUCUAUCAACACGACACCGCCAGUGAAAGGGCUCGACGGGCGCAUCGAUGAGCUAGCGUCUAGCGGCUGUUGCCAAAAGAUAUCAUGGUCCAAGAAUGGCUGUGUUGCGUACAUAAGUCCAGACGGCUACUCUGUCCACCUGAAGAUUUUUUCACGAGAUCCUGAAUCUGGCAAAUGGGAUCUCGGAAGGAACGUCCCUCUCGAAUUCCCACAGGGCCGCGAGAUCUUUCGUUUGACCCAUCUCUCAUGGAGUCACCUGGGUAACGAUCUAGCUGUUAUGGACGAAGCGGGUCGAGUGAUGGUCUUCUCAUGCGCCAUGGCCUUGGACCGCAUGCACUUCACCAGAGCCGAAGUAGCUCAUCCAGAGUCCGAAGUAGAUGGUGUGGUAGGCAUGCAUUGGCUUGCGAUCCUACCCUACGCACAAAAGAAUCUCAUUGCUUGGUCAGCUUCGCAAGAAAAAGGCAAAUGGAAGUGGAAUAUCAAACAGCACAUGUUCAACAAUGCGCACCAUCCUGUAGAAGGCAAAGCAUGCUUCAUAUAUCUGAAAAGACAUGGCGAGCUCAAGCUUCGCUUCCAGCAGAUUGACAACAGUUGGCAAGAAGUCUCCGCUCAAUUAGGGCCUAUGAUCUCAACGAAGGAGUCCUUCACACACGCAGCCUUUACGUCGAACAAUGAUAACACCCUCCUACUGGCUGCCUACGAUGUCAAGAGGCGGUUGCAUUUAUAUCGCAUUGAGACAAUCUGGAAUGUACCAACCGACAAGCGUAGCCAGAACGCCGGUCCAUUCGAGAAGCCAACCAUCCAAGUCUCAUUGAUCGCUUUGGAAGAUGAUUGCAACCCCGUUGAGCUUGCGAAUGACGACCUGGGCGACGGCACAGCAUCAAGAAGUGCGGCUGCCGCUCAACUAACACAUCUCAACUUCCUUCCUGUUACACCCGAGCAAGAUGACGGCUCGAUGCCCACCAUUCAAGCCAUAUUCUGCAAGCCACCAAAUCCGAUCUCGUAUGAUCUGAACCCGCAAGAGACACGGUACAGCAUCAUCGUCAAAUGGCAGGUGCAUCAAGAGCAACACAGCCAGCUCCAUUCCAGCCUCGAUCAGGUGACAUCAAAGAAGAAGAGCGUAAGCUCGGUAUCUGCACAAAACACGUUCCUUCUAAAGAGACAGCCUGACUUCUCGUUGCAUGCUGUCGUGUUAGGGUUCUACCCGAUAUGGUACAGCAUGCUUCUGGCAUUCACGUACAGCGAUGGGGCUAUCGAGUUCAGGAAGCGAUCGACCAUGGAGAUAGUCAUGCCAGAUGGCAAUACCGACACUGUGAACUCGCUAUUACAAGCUGGCUUCGUCUUCCAGCACGCCGAACCCUCGCUACACGUCGCCCUAUCACCCAAUCACUGCUUGGCGGUAUGUAUGCAGCUGGAUGGUAGCCCAAAGCUGCGAUCUAUGGAGUACUCCCACGGCACCCUAUCAUCAGACGAUGAUGAUCCCCGCCAUGCCGCCGCUCUCGCAGCACUCAUCCUACAGUCUUCGUCUGCAGCAAACCAAUACUAUUCCAGCGACGACAUCUUCGCUCUGGUCAGCUCCCUCAGCGACAAGCGCAAGCACGAUUUCAUCAAUCUCCUCUUCGAAGGACUCCAAGUCAACAUUGACUGUGGCGUAGACGACACAUCAAGCAAUCACUUCCUUCUCCUCGGCCGCAGCCCCUUCUUCGUAAAGACGCUCUCGGCCAUGAACAUCCUCGGCCUCCAAGGCAACAUCGACCGUUCUCUAAGCAGCAAAAUGGCCUGGCAAUUAAUCAACAUCAGAUUUGUCACGCAAACCCUGACCACCAUCGUCCGCCUCCACGGCGACCCAUCGAAGAGCAACCUCCGACCCGAAGCCGUCCCCCAAAUGAUCGGAACCUGCAGAUGGACAAUGCACUUCAUGGCCUACAUCCUAGAUGAUCUCUUCGCCCUCGGCCGCGCCCUAUCCGACAUACCCCCAGCAGACCUCACGCGUCCCGUCCUUGAGGCCAAAAUCCGUGAGCUCAACAAACCCGCGCUCCUCCUCAUCCUGUCCGCCUUCCCCCGCGCCAUGAUGAAACUCUGGUUCCAACCUAUUGCGUGGCUCUCGCGCAGCGCAGCAGCCUACGUUACGCUGCCCAACGCCGCAGCCGGGAACCCUAAUGCGCCGCCGCAGACACCUGAAGCGAAGAAACUCUACGCCCCUCUUUAUGCUGCUAUAACUGAUAUCCCGUUCGAUUACCGCUACUACGAACAGCUGCUCAGCGAGACGCAGAGUUACGUCCGCGGCACAUACAAGCAGCGUAACUUAACCGACAUGCAACGCAACAGCAUCGAGCGGGAACUGCUCCUCGGAAAAAUCCCAGACAUCCUCUUCCCUGUCGCUAAACGCCUUGUGACGGAUUACCUCUGGAAAAGCACGACGCAGCAAGUUUGCCUCGCGGAUAAGCUCGAUAUGGGUAGACUCAUGUUCUUCGAUACCACGUGGUUAGGGUUCACGGACUCAAAGCGCGCAAGGUAUUGGCACGACACGCAUGUGGUGGAUGUGUGUCAAAAGAUGAUUAUUCGGGGCACGGGCACGUGGACGCAUCCUGUGGGGUCGGCGACGGGUGGCGGGAAUCGCAGCAGGAGUGAUAGUAUUCAGAGUGCGGGGGCGAACGGAGAGGGCAGGAGGAAGAAGAAUUUGCUCAAGCAGUGUACGAGGUGUGGUGCUUGUAUGGAGGAUGUUGUGCCGGGGUUGCCAGGGUAUACUCCUGCGCACUCUCAGUACUUGUUGGGCUUGAGUAAGCACUGUGUCUGUGGGAAUAGCUGGAUGCUUGUUGAGACGAAGGGAAAGGCGAAGUAG